CAGUGCUUACACUUAAUUCAGUGUUCAGGCGUCUUUGCGUUGAUCGGUCGAGUCAUGUCGGAGCUAGAAUCUGUGUCCCUAUUGGAGAUUCCCCAAGAUGAUUGGCCAAAGUUAAGAGAUUUAUGGGCCACUAAGCCCAUUAUAUCACCUGGCUAUCAAUGUCUGAAAAUUUUCAUUGAUUGGAAGGAAAGAGAACCGGAAUUGCAAUUACAAAUUCUCACAUUAAACGAAAACUGGCGAAACGAUGGAACUUUUGUUCUAUGUCUGAAAUUGAAUGAGCAGAUACAGCAUUUGUAUUUCAAUACUUUGAACGAUAAACUGGAUGGUUUGACUGAAGCUCUUGAGAUUGUCCCAGUAACUGCUAGAAAAUAUUUUCUCUUUGGUUAUUGUUCACGUCUUUUACCCUGUGCCAGAAGCUAUCAUAACAGGUUCCCCGAUAAAAAGGUACACACUAAUGAGACAGUUUGGUAUCAUGCCAGUAAGGAGCUUGUAUCCAGUUUUACCAUUGAAAUCCCUCCGGGUGUAACUCUAAAAACCUUGCAACUUAAGGAUGCUGAAACUAUCAACGAAAUCUGGCCACAUCGUGAGCCUGGUUCGAUAGAUUUUGUCAACCGUCUGAUCAAAUAUAAUGUCAAUGUGGGAGCCUAUGAUGACAGUGGCAAAUUGGUUGCUUGGUGUUUGAGGCUCCCAAUUGGCUCAUUGGGCUUGCUUCAGGUUCUCGAGUCUCACAAACGUUUGGGCCUGGGUAAUCUGAUGGUGCGUUAUCUUUCCAAACAAAUUUCCGCACUCGGAGAUGAAGUUCUGGCUCCUGUUGUCCAUGUCAAUACUCCGUCGCGUAAAAUGUUUGAGAAAUUAGGUUUUCAACCUAUUGAUCGGCUUUAUUGGAGUUUCGAAACUGCUUAACAAAUGAUCCCAAUUGAAAAACGAUCUAAAUCUAAAUUUACAGGACAUUGAGAAAAGACGAAAUGCUCAUAAUACAAUUUUUUUUAAAAUUAUCUGAUUAGUAAAAUUGUAAAUGCUCUUUGUUAUCUAAAUGGUAACAACUUUAAAAGAAGAUAAAUUAAACUCAAGAAUAAUUUCAUUCCAAUUAUAGGAUGUUAUUCUUUUAUGGUCAUCAUCUUCAACAAAAAGUGGAUCAAACAAGGUAUAAACCACGAGAAUGAUAAAAAUUCGAUU